CUAUAUAGUCUAUGGUUACAUGGCCGAUAUAUCAUUUAUUUGGAGCUUCCUUUUCUUUCUGUCGUUUAUGGAUAUCUAUGUACGGGCGGUCAUCGUUAAACAUUUCCGUAAAAAUUAUUAAAUGAAGGUGCUAUAGGCGUUUAUUUUAUGAAAAAACUGUAGGUUAUAAAUUGUUAAAUAAUGAUCUUACUCGAGAUCAAUAAUAGAAUUAUAGAAGAAACGUUAACAGUUAAAUAUAAAAAUGCACUGGCGCGCUUAAAGCCUGAGUCAAUAGAUGUUACUGUAGCAGAUUUUGAUGGAGUUCUGUUUCAUAUAUCCAAUGUUAAUGGAGACAAAACCAAAGUUAGGGUUAGUAUAUCAUUGAAGUUCUACAAGCAAUUAGAGGAACAUGGGGCGGACGAGCUUCUCAAAAGGGUUUACGGUGAAUUACUCACAGAAACAGAAUCGGGAUACAACAUCUCGCUCCUGCUGGACAUGGAGAACAUCCCGGACGACUGGGAGGACGUGGUGAAGAAGGUCGGGCUGCUGAAGCGAAACUGCUUCGCGUCCGUGUUCGAGCGCUACUUCCAGUUCCAGGAGGAUGGCGAUGUCGGACACAAGCGGGCCGUUAUCAACUACAGACAGGAUGAGACGCUAUACGUGGAGGCGCAGGCGGACCGCGUGACGGUGGUGUUCUCGACCGUGUUCCGGCACGAGGAUGACAUGGUCAUAGGCAAGGUGUUCAUGCAAGAGCUAAAGGAAGGCCGGAGAGCCUCGCACACCGCUCCCCAAGUGUUAUUUUCACACAAGGAGCCGCCGCUAGAACUCGUUGACACCGAUGCGAGAGUAGGCGAAAAUAUCAGCUAUGUUACGUUUGUGUUGUUCCCGCGACACACGUGUGCGGCGGCGCGCGACAACACGAUCGACUUGUUGCACAUGUUCCGCGACUACCUGCACUACCACAUCAAGUGCUCGAAGGUGUAUGUGCACUCGCGCAUGCGCGCCAAGGCCGGCGACCUUCUCAAGGUGCUGAACCGCGCCCGCCCACAAGUCACCACCAGACCCACCGAGCGCAAGACCAUCACGGGCAGAACGUUUGUGAGACGGGAUUGAGUGUUGCGCGGCGGUGGCGGCGCGAGCGGCGGCGGCGGAGCGGGCGGCGGUGCGAGCGGCGGCCGAGGCGGCCGGCCGCGGCGCCGCGCCGUCGCCGCGCCACGCGCCGGCCCCGAGACAUUACUACUGUGGAAGCGGUGGACGCGUUGGAUGCGUUCACCGCCAAACAUUCAAAUUGUGCGUAUUUCAUUAUAUCCAAAGUAAGUCAGAAGUCAUAUAAAUAUUUGGUAUUUAUUUAUCAUGAUGUAUUGUUGUUUGGGUUUCGCGCGAUCGUCACAAAGUACUUACUCAUGCGGUAGCAUCGUCAUGUUAUUGAUAACGUAAACAAAUGCCAAAUGUUCCAACUGUGCUCAACAUGUCGUCGCCGUGCCGUCGCCGGACCGUAGCCGUGCCGUCGCCGGGCCGUGCACAUUGUACUAUAUGUAUUGUCAGGUUUUAAAGUGUAGUAUAAAGUCAAUAAAUAAUGUUGCCGUAGGUUUGUUGAUAACAAAAUUAUGCUUUAUUAUUAUGAGAGUUAUAUUUAUAGAGAAGGCGCUGCAUUCAAACUUGGGUUCCUAAAGUGUAGCGUACGCCCUGAGCGCAGACACGCAGGCGCAGCAGAGCGAACCUACGCGUAGACGUUGCUCCACCACGUGCGAACAUUUUCUUGUAGCCUACGUAAUUAUGUUGUAAUUUAUGCAAUCAUAUUACCAAUCCUCAUGUAGAAUAAAAUGUAUAAUAUGAAACCUAGCUUAUACUUACAGUUUCGGUUGACAUCACUGGAAUAUCGAAACAGGUAUUAUGCACAAACUCGUACGAAUUAUAUUCAAUGUUUAAUUUUUAAAUAUUGCUCCUCCUUAGUUACACGAUGAUACUAUGCAAUAUAAGUAAAGGAUAAUUUUUAAAAUAAUGUUUCCACCAUCACUUGUUAGGUAGGUCUGAUUCAAUUAUAAAUAUGUAAGUGAAAAUGUAUAUCUCUCAAUAGAUACACUGUACUUCCACAUGCAGGGGUAUAGAAGAGUAAAGAUAUAAUGGCCUUAUUUAUGGUGAAGAUUGUGUUGAGUUGGUUCUGUUGACGAAGCCGCGCCGGCUUUGGUUCUGUAGAGUCGCUAGUUUAGAACAUGACACAGUUAUAUUUAAGUGCAAUUCGAGUACGCUCAUCAGUACCUUAUUCAUAUCUAAUGCAUUUAAUUUGGACGGAGCGGAGUUAACGUAACAGAGAUUUAUAAUUGCGAGGCGUUUGUGAAGUAGUUGAUUAGCUCCUCGUUUGAACACCUCUCUAGACAUGCGUUUGUAUUAUAUUAUGCGCACUGUGUUGUGUACGAAGCGAUGUUGCUCAAUAUAUUGUCAACAAUAAUAUGCAUGAACAAAUAAACAGAACGCAGUGCGUUAAGUUAUAGGUGAUGAGCGGAUUAGUACAUAUUAUGUAGAUUCGUUGAUAGCCGUGUGCGGGUGAGAUUGUGCUGAAACAUAUAUUGUGUUAUGGACUGAGAGUUGUUAGAAUAAAUUCGUCUGAUGGCAGUCAUUGGUUAUCAUACACUUAUUAUUCGCUAAGUCAAAUGAAGAUAAUCGUGAGAUUAAUAAAGCAUUCUAUGAGUACGAAUGGAACGUAAAGAUGCAUGUAGAGACAAUUUUAACUAUUUAAAUAUUCGGCUAACUUCAAUUUAUUGUAAUUUUAUUCGCGAGAGGUAUUAUUUAUGUACUAUAAGUAAGUUAAAUGUUGCUUUAAAGUUAUUGCUAACUGAGGAGCAUUGUUUUUUUUUAUGUCAGUUUAAACGCCUGAAUAAAUUGUGAAUAUGUAAUUAUUCUUAUGAUUUAAAAUCCGUUUAUAUUGUAUUUUUUAUUUUUUAGAUUAAAGAAAACUUACUGCAAUAA